AUGGACAUUGGAAGAUAUGAUAGAAGGCAGGGCAAGGCUGGUAUGCAAGGCACAAACUUACAGUAUGAUAAAAGGCAGGUCAAGGCCACUACACAAAUCAUGCCAACACCAGAGAAGUUAGCAAAGCAGUAUCAGAGAAGCCCACCUGAGGAUUUGAUUCUUGCAACCAAGCUGGUGAGGCCCUUAGGAUUCUUUGGGAAUCCAGAUUUGUUGAAGGAAAUUGUACUUUCGGACGAGAAUUAUGGAUCGGUUAGCCGAGUAUACAUCUUAUGUGAUGAAGAGGAUGAUAUUAAAGAUUUCCUGAAAUGGGUGAUUUCUGAAAACCCACCUGAUGAGGUGAAGGAGAUCCCUGGUGGUCAUGAUCUCUAA